AUGCGGGGCUGGCUGCUGGCGCGGUUGCGGCGGCGGCGACGACUGCUGCGGCUGCUGCUGGCCCUGGGCGCCCUGGCCCUGGGGCUCUGGGCCGCUUACCUGGAGCUAGUGGCGGCCGGCGGCGGUGCUACCCCAGACCGCGGAUUUGAAAGCUGGAGGGAGCUGGCUAAGGCUCUGGCAGACACAAAUGUCCCAGGUGGGAGCCCAAGCCUUCAGUUUUCCUAUCCACAGAAGCUGGAACACCAGAGCCAAGAGCUGCAAAGAGGUGGGAGGAAUAAAUCAAAUCAUGCAGCUGUGGACAGUCCUGUCCCGUGGAUGCCAGAGUUCCAGGGUCUGGCCAAUCUGCAUGUGUUUGAGGACUGGUGUGGCAGCUCCAUUGAGCAGCUCAGGAAGAACCUCCACUUUCCCCUCUUCCCCCACACACGAACUACCCUGAGGAAGCUGGCAGUGUCCCCAAAAUGGACCAACUAUGGCCUCCGCAUAUUUGGCUACCUGCAUCCUUCUGCUGACGGGGAGUUUCAGUUUGCCAUUGCUGCGGAUGACAAUGCUGAGUUCUGGCUGAGUCCAGAUGAGAAGCCCUCGGGCCUGCAGCUGCUGGCCAGCGUAGGCAAGACAGGGAAGGAGUGGACUGCACCAGGGGAGUUCGGGAAAUUUCACAGCCAGCAGUCAAAGAUGGUGAGGUUGUCAGCUGCACGCAGGUACUAUUUUGAGGUGCUGCACAAGCAGGAUGACAGAGGAACAGACCAUGUGGAAGUAGCAUGGAGACUGAAUGACCCAGAAGCCAAGUUCAAAGUCAUUGACUCCCAAUACCUCUCCCUUUUUGCUAACGAGACGCUGUUGAAGAUGGAUGAGGUGAAGCACAUCCCUCAGACGCUGGCCAGCCACAGGAGCAGGCCUGCUGACAGUGCAGGCAGCAAGGCACACCCAGCUGACAUGUUGAAGCCUGACCCCCGGGACACUCUCUAUCAAGUGCCUCUACUGAGCAGGUCUCGUGUGCGCCGAGCCUUGCCGGACUGCUCGUACAAGCCCAGCUACGUGGUGAAUGGAUUCCCCCUGCAGCGCUACCAGGGCCUCCAGUUUGUUCACUUAUCCUUUGUUUACCCGAAUGAUUACAGCCGCCUGAGCCACAUGGAGAAAGACAACAAAUGCUUUUAUCAGGAAAAUCCUCAUUACUUGGAAAGAUUUGGGUUCUACAAGUACAUGAAAAUGGAUCGCUCAGAGAAGAGCCUAGACUCUGGAGAAAAGACAGAGCAGCCAGGCUCCCAGGAGGUGACCCUGGAUGAUCUGCAGUACGUGGAGCGGGUGGUGGAGCACACUGGCCCCCCACAGAACCCCGACAGGGGGAGGGCAGCGCCGGCAGGCAGCACUCUCAGCAGCCACAGCCUCCACCAGGACUCCUCCCUGCGGGAGCAGCGCCAGCUCCUUUCUGUGCUGGGGCAUGGCGCGGGAGAGGGCACACAGACAAGGAGCGUGAAGAGGGCUGGCAUCAAACCAGCCGUGAUGGCCUCUGCCAACCAAAGCCUCACCCAGGCCAGCCUGGAGGGGAGCCCAGUGACGAAGAGACCUGGUUCCAAGGCCGGUGUCAGAGCCAGCUCCAGGGGCCCUGCCCAGCAUGGCAGGGCCAUCCAGGACAGAGUGCUGCUCAAAAAGGCAAACUCUCCUUCUGGCACCAUGGCACAAAGGCAGCAACCUCUCAGCAACCCCAGGGACUCAGGGGUCAUGAUUCCCAGAAGGGUGAGACCUCAAGGAGACCUCAGCACCACUAAGGAUGGGCUGCAGCCAGCAGGCACCUUGCCAGCUGGGAAAGGAGGCCAGGUGCCUGGCAAAGUCAGCAGAGGGGCUGUAAGCAUUGCCAGCCCCAGCCAGAGGCCUGGACUGUUACAGUGGUUGAACCAAGUAGAGUCCUACAUUGCUGAGCAGAAGGCAGCCAAUGGUGGGGAGGUGAGCGAGGCAGAGGCACAGGUGGCAUCUCCUGUGAAGGGCAAGUCUGGACCUGUGACAGCAGAAGAGGAAGAGGCAGAUGGAGAGCCAGAGGAGGAAGAUGAGGAGGAUUUUGACUAUGUACCAGUGUUUGACCAGGCAGUGAACUGGGAGCAGACCUUCAGCACAAGCAAUCUGGACUUCCACAUGCUGCGUACAGAUUGGAUUGACCUGAAAUGCAACACGUCAGGAAACCUGCUGCUGAGAGAAAGAGAAGCCCUGGAGGUCACACGUGUCUUCCUGAGGAAGCUCAACCAGAGGAACAAAGGGCGGUUCCAGCUGCAGCGGAUCAUGAACGUGGAGAAGCGUCAGGACCGCAUGCGGGGCAGCCGCUACCUGCUGGAGCUGGAGCUGCGGGAGCAGGGCCAGCGCCUCGUCCGCCUCUCUGAGUACGUCUUUGCGCGGGGCUGGCAGGGCCUGGCCGGCGACCAGGAGGAGGAGAGGAAGAUGAGGAACCUGGCGUGGGGUCGACAGCGGCACCUGAUGGCUGCGGCGAACGAACCAGAGCUGUGCUGGCCCCAGGGCUUCUCGUGGAACCACCGUGCUGUGGUUCACUUCGUGGUGCCAGUGAAGAACCAGGCACGCUGGGUGCUGCAGUUCAUCUCUGACAUGGAAGAGCUGUUCCGAGUCACUAAGGAUCGCUACUUCAACGUCAUCAUCACAGACUACAGCAGCGAUGACAUGGAUGUAGAGAAGGCUCUGAAAAGGUCUGCACUGCACAGCUAUCAGUACUUGAAGCUGAAAGGGAAUUUCGAGCGUUCUGCUGGGCUGCAGGCUGGGAUAGACCUUGUGACGGACCCACACAGCAUCGUUUUCCUGUGUGACCUCCACAUCCACUUCCCAGCGGGAGUCAUCGACUCGAUCCGGAAGCACUGCGUGGAAGGCAAGAUGGCCUUCGCCCCCAUGGUCAUGAGGCUGCACUGCGGCAUGUCCCCGCAGUGGCCUGAUGGCUACUGGGAGGUGAAUGGGUUUGGCCUCCUGGGCAUAUACAAGUCUGACCUGGACAAGAUCGGAGGCAUGAACACAAAAGAGUUUCGGGACCGCUGGGGAGGAGAGGACUGGGAACUCCUGGACAGGAUCUUGCAGGCUGGGCUGGAAGUGGAGCGCCUGUCCCUGAGGAAUUUCUUCCACUGGUUCCACUCGAAGCGGGGCAUGUGGAACCGGCGCCAGCUGAAGACACUGUGA